AUCUGAUAAAUUAAAGAUUACAGUAAGUAUUUUAUUUCCAAUUCAGAAAUGAAACACGGGUUCAUACUGAGCCUAGGAUGUGUCAGUUUCAGACUUGAACAAACCACCCCGAAUUAUCCCUUCCUCACAGCCGAAAGAAUGCAAUGGCGUGAAGAUUCCCGUCGACGCCAGCAAGCCCAACCCAAACGACGUGGAGUUUGAUAAUCUGUAUCUGGAUAUGAACGGAAUCAUCCACCCCUGCACUCAUCCUGAGGACAAACCAGCACCCAAAAACGAGGAUGAAAUGAUGGUUGCGAUUUUUGAAUACAUCGACAGACUUUUCAAUAUUGUGAGGCCAAGACGCCUUCUCUACAUGGCGAUAGAUGGAGUGGCGCCCCGCGCGAAGAUGAACCAGCAGCGCUCUCGGAGGUUCCGCGCGUCCAAAGAGGGAACGGAGGCGGCGGCGGAGAAGCAGCGCGUCCGGGAGGAAAUACUGGCAAGAGGUGGCUUUCUUCCUCCAGAAGAAAUAAAAGAGAGGUUUGACAGCAACUGUAUUACCCCAGGAACUGAGUUCAUGGACAAUCUUGCUAAAUGCCUUCGCUAUUACAUAGCUGAUCGUUUAAAUAAUGACCCUGGGUGGAAAAAUUUGACGGUUAUUUUAUCUGAUGCUAGUGUCCCUGGUGAAGGGGAACAUAAAAUCAUGGAUUACAUUAGAAGACAAAGAGCCCAGCCCAACCACGACCCAAACACUCACCACUGCCUGUGUGGAGCUGACGCUGACCUCAUUAUGCUCGGCCUUGCUACACAUGAGCCCAACUUUACCAUCAUCAGAGAAGAGUUCAAACCGAACAAGCCCAAACCGUGCGGGCUCUGUAAUCAGCUGGGGCACGAGGUGAAGGACUGUGAAGGUUUGCCAAGAGAAAAGAAGGGGAAGCACGAUGAGCUUGCAGACAGUCUUCCUUGUGCAGAGGGCGAGUUCAUCUUCCUCCGGCUCAGUGUGCUCCGCGAGUACUUGGAGAGAGAGCUCACCAUGGCCAGCCUGCCGUUCACGUUCGACGUGGAGAGGAGCAUCGACGACUGGGUCUUCAUGUGCUUCUUUGUGGGGAACGACUUCCUUCCUCACCUGCCGUCCCUGGAGAUCAGGGAAGGUGCAAUUGACCGUUUGGUUAACAUUUACAAAACUGUGGUACACAAAACUGGGGGUUACCUUACAGAAAGUGGUUAUGUCAAUCUGCAGAGAGUACAGAUGAUCAUGUUAGCAGUUGGUGAAGUUGAGGAUAGCAUUUUUAAAAAGAGAAAGGAUGAUGAGGACAGUUUUAGAAGACGACAGAAAGAAAAAAGAAAGAGAAUGAAGAGAGAUCAGCCGUCUUUCUCCCCUGGUGGAAUAUUAACUCCUCACGCCCUGGGUUCGAGAGGUUCACUAGGAUCUCAAGUGGCCAGUAACCCGAGACAAGCAGCCUAUGAAAUGAGGAUGCAGAACAGCUCCAGUCCUUCGGUGUCUCCUAACACGAGCUUCACCUCUGACGGCUCCCCGUCUCCGAGAGGGAUUAAGCGAAAAGCGGAAGACAGUGACAGUGAACCUGAGCCAGAGGAUAACGUCAGACUGUGGGAAGCGGGCUGGAAGCAGCGGUACUACAAGAACAAAUUCGACGUGGACGCGGCCGAUGAGAAGUUCCGUCGCAAAGUUGUGCAGUCUUACGUGGAAGGGCUCUGCUGGGUUCUUCGCUAUUAUUACCAGGGCUGUGCGUCCUGGAAGUGGUACUACCCGUUCCACUACGCGCCGUUUGCUUCAGACUUUGAAGGUAUUGCGGAUAUGCCCUCUGAUUUUGAGAAGGGGACUAAACCGUUUAAACCACUGGAACAACUGAUGGGGGUUUUUCCAGCUGCAAGUGGUAACUUUCUGCCUCCGUCAUGGCGGAAGCUCAUGAGUGACCCUGAUUCUAGCAUAAUCGACUUCUACCCUGAAGACUUUGCCAUUGACUUGAAUGGGAAGAAGUAUGCAUGGCAAGGUGUCGCGCUGCUGCCAUUCGUGGACGAGCGGAGACUGCGGGCCGCCCUGGAGGAGGUGUACCCGGACCUCACUCCCGAAGAGUCCAGGAGAAACAGCCUGGGCGGCGACGUGCUGUUCGUGGGCCGGCAGCACCCACUGCACGACUUCAUCUCGGAGCUGUACCGGGCGGGCUCCACGCAGUCGGUGGAUGUACCACCUGAACUCUGUCACGGGAUUCAAGGAAGGUUUUCUUUGGAUGAAGAAGCCAUUCUUCCAGAUCAGGUGGUGUGCUCUCCGGUUCCCUUGUUACGGGACCUGACACAGAACACCGCGGUCAGUAUUAAUUUUAAAGACCCGCAGUUCGCUGAAGAUUACGUUUUUAAGGCCGUAAUGCUUCCGGGAGCAAGAAAACCUGCACCGGUGUUGAAACCCAGCGACUGGGAGAAAUCCAGCAACGGACGGCAGUGGAAGCCCCAGCUGGGCUUCAGCCGGGACCGGCGGCCCGUCCACCUGGACCCCGCGGCCUUCAGGACUUUGGGCCACGUCAUGCCGAGAGGCCCGGGAGCCGGCGUUUACAACAGUGCUGCCCCACCACCUGCGACCUACCAGGGGAGCUUGUACCGGCCGCUGCUGAGAGGACAAGCCCAGAUCCCCAAACUGAUGUCAAAUAUGAGGCCCCCGGAUUCCUGGCGGGGUCCUCCUCCACUUUUCCAGCAGCAAAGAUUUGACAGAGGUGUUGGGGCUGAACCUCUGCUGCCGUGGAACCGUAUGCUCCAGACCCAAAACGCAGCCUUCCAGCCAAGCCAGUACCAGAUGCUCGCGGGGCCGGGCGGGUACCCACCCCGACGCGACGAUCGCGGGGGGAGACAGGGAUAUCCCAGAGAAGGAAGGAAAUACCCUUUGCCACCGCCCUCGGGAAGAUACAGUUGGAAUUAGGGUUUUGUAAAGCUUUCCCAAAUCCUUUCAUCAGUUCUACAAUUUUAUGCUAUUUGUGGAAAGAUUUCUUUCUCAAGUAGUAGUUUUUAAUAAAACUACAGUACUUUGUGUAUUUCUUUUAACUGUGUAUAUUUCUACUGAUCCGAUCUCACUGUUUUAUGUUGCUUUCCAAAGGUGUGUGUUGCAUAAUGCAGUGGAUCUGAAUUUAUUAUUGCUUGUAAAACACAUUUGGUGGAACAGGAAUACUGGUUUUUCAUUAUGGCUAAAAAUCAAACCAGCUGUGGAUUUCAGAACACAGUGUAUUCUAGAUCAUCUAAGAGCCAUGCUGAUUUUUAAUGCACAGGAAUUAGGUAUGAACUCUUGAGCUGGAACCCUCAGCCAACUAGAGUGUAUAUUGUUCAGUAUUUCUUUGGGAACAUUUCAUUAACGUACUUGUCAUAUGGAAAUUUCUGGACUUUAGUAAAAAAAAAGACAAAACAAAAAA